AUGAAAACCUUCCUAAUUGCUGCUGCCUGCUUCGCCGUGGCCGUCGCUGGCCCCACGCGCUUCGUUCUUCCCGGCGUCGCCGGACCUGCUCCCGUCAUCGACCUCGACCAAUACGAAUCUAUUUCUGUCGGACCCGCCAUUGUUGACACCGAGUCCAUCUCCGUCGGACCUGCUAUCGUCGAAGGCGAAUACGAACCCAUCCAUGUUGGACCCGCUAUCGUUGAAGGCGAAUACGAGCCCAUCCAUGUUGGACCCGCAAUCGUCGAAGGCGAAUACGAGCCCAUCCAUGUUGGACCCGCAAUCGUCGACGGCGAAUACGAGCCCAUCCAUGUCGGACCCGCAAUCGUCGAUGGCGAAUACGAGCCCAUCCAUGUCGGACCCGCAAUCGUCGAAGAAGUCGUGCCCGCUCCCGUCCCCUCCCCUGUGAGCUCUCCUCUCGUUCAGAUCAUCGUCAACGUCAAGCCCGGUUCCGAAAACCUUGUAUCUGUUGAACCUUCCCCCGUCAUCGUGCCCGAGGUUGAACCCACACCCGUGAUCGUCGUCGACAACCAUGAGGCCCCCGAAUCCGUCAUCGUCGUCGACAGGCCUGAGGUCCCCGAAUCCGUUAUCGUGGUUGACAAGCCUGAGGUCCCCGAAUCCGUCAUCGUUGUCGACAAACCUGAGGUUCCCGAACCCGUCAUCGUCGCUCCCGUUAUUGUCCCCUCGCCCGUCAUUACCCUCCCUGACAUCCUCAACUAAAAAAAGAAAAACUUCGAUACGAGCAACAAACACAACAACGGCUUACUACGAACAACUCAUAAGCAGAAGAUCUAUGUAAUAAUUGUAAAGUGUUUUGAACAUUAACAUGUAUUGCACACCAUCAGAUCUAAUAAAAAAAUAUUUUA